GUCGAUCAUGGCUGGGGCCGCUCAUAGUCUCGUCCUUUCAACGGAGUUUCGCCGACGAUCUUCCGGCCAACGAAGUUGCCGAGCCUCUUGCCGACGGUGUCCCGAUUUUGAUCGGAGAAACCUCCGCGAAUUUUCUGGCCUGAGAGGGUCUAUAUCUGAUCAGACAUCCCUGUCUGUGAGGUGGAGCUGGUGAAAGAUCCUCGACGUAGUACUCCACCAGGUAUCCCAGCGACCAUCAGGCUCAGGAACGCUCCCAAACCACAUAUCAAGGGAUGAUAUUCAAUUACACGAUCGAUAUAUCUUUUCGCCAUCUCUGGUGUACGGGUCCCUAACCUGAACUACCACCGGGCUGACCAUGUCUGUCCUACUGGGCUCGCCCAAGGCGUCCGGGCCUGAACUACGCGAUAAACACCCUCAAGUUGCAACGCAAGACCCCACAGUUGGAAGCGCAUUAAAGAUGGCUACUUCGAAACCGUCCUUCCAUCUGACUGCGCCGAAUGGCUGGAUGAACGACCCCUGUGGUCUAGGUUACGAUUUCGCCACGGGUCUUUACCAUAUCUUCUUCCAAUGGAAUCCCCACGGUAACGACUGGGGCAACAUGUCCUGGGGCCAUGCUACUUCUACGGACUUGGUUUCGUGGAAAGUAUCACCCACGCCAGCCUUGACUCCAUCAACCGAGUAUGAUUGCUGUGGUGUCUUUACAGGAUGUCUGCAGGCUACAAAUAUCCAAGGGAAACCCGGCUCGUUGACGGCGAUGUACACGUCCGUCCGACAUCUACCACUCCAUUAUACACUGCCGUAUACUACGGGUUGCGAGUCUAUCAGUCUAACUACCUCUGAUAACGGUGGACAGACAUGGAAGCGUCUCAGUUGUAACCCCGUCCUCACAGGUCCCCCCGAACACCUGUCGGUGACGGGCUGGAGAGAUCCGCAUCUUACAACGUGGCCGGAACAGCAAAAGGCCAGCCCUGCAAAUCCAAAUCAACCAUUAUACGGCAUCGUGUCUGGCGGAGUAGUCGACAAGGCACCCGCCAUCUUCGUUUACAAGGUCGACCCGACAGAUCUACGACGAUGGAAAUAUGUCGGCCUGCUCGUCGACGUCGGUCUCAACUUCCAUCCAUCACGCUGGUCAGGAGACUUUGGCGUGAACUGGGAAGUUGGAAAUCUAGCGACACUGUCCAAUGACACCGGUGACUCACGAGACUUUGCCAUCAUGGGCGCUGAGGGAUGUCUCCGUGGCGAAGACUCACUCUGGACAGCCCCGGGCUCGGCACAAUACAAACGACAAGCCCGGGGACAGCUAUGGAUGUGUGUGAAACCACACGACCCUGCUAAUAAUAGCGAGGCCCUUGCCGAUUAUGCAUUCGCUGGACACUUUGAUCACGGCUGCUUAUACGCCGCUAAUUCCUUCUGGGACCCCGUCACAGCCCAACGCAUUGUAUACGGCUGGAUCACGGAGGAGGAUCUACCUGAUGGACCCCGUCAUCGUCAGGGGUGGAGCGGGCUGAUUUCGAUUCCUCGGGUAGUGCAUUUGAUGACGUUGCGGAAUGUCACGAAGGCGCGUAGCUCGCAGUUGAAAUCUAUUACUUCCCUCGAAGUGAUUCCCAAUACAUCCGAGCCGCGCACGUACACGAUCCAAACUCUGGGAAUAAAGCCUGAUCCACGACUUUCUCUUCUCAGGAAGGGGGCUGAAAGGAGGUUAUUCCAACCAUCACAGUUACCUAUUUCCCUCCGGAACGUCUCCAACGAGACUCUUGCCUUGACUACCUCCCGGUGGGAACUAGAAGCCGAGUUCUCAAUCAAUGAAUCCUGCGAACGAGUUGGUAUUCAAAUCGCACACUCCUCCGACUUCAAACAAAGAACAACCCUUUCCUACACUCCAUCCAAGGAGACAUUUACAAUCCACCGCCCUACGCUUGAGGACCAAACCAUAAACCACGGCUACGAGUCCGCACCACACACGUUGUUCACCUAUCUCAACGAGAAAGGCGUCGAAAUCGAAGAAUCCCUACAUAUCCACGCUUUCUUCGACAAAUCCGUUCUAGAGGUAUUUGUGAAUGGGAGAACUGUCAUUUCGACGCGGAUUUAUCAUCCGUCAGAGAAAUGUUUCGGGAUUCGCUUCUUCGCAGAGGAAGAGGCCAGCUGUGCUCAUAGUGAAACUGGUAAUGACGCACCUGCUUCGCUUACCCGGGCCGAAGUUUGGGAUGGACUGGUUGAAAGUCAGCGAUAGGUGUCGGCAAUAUCUUUCUACAAGCCUCACGCUCAUAUAGAACCAGGGAUAAAGAUAAAGCACAGAGAUGAAAGCGAUUCAAGUCAGAGAAAGCCUUGCAUAAAUAUACACAUGAUGACUCCAAUCCCACCCCGUUUAUUGAUACAGUCCACGCCGAAACCCCCAUAGAUACAGAAUUGUGAACAGAGUAAACACAUGUGAUCAAAGAAAACCCUCAGCCCCACACGAAAUUAGGCUGAGAUAUAUACAUCACAGUCAAUGAGCCUGACCCUGAACUUGGACUUGGACUUGGGCAGGUCCCCAAUUCCCGGGAAUCUGCAAAGCCCGCAAAUGGGCCUUGUACUUUUCCACGAACGGAUGGUUGCCGCCCCGGAAACUGCUCAGCAGUAACAAGAAAUCUUCCGCCAUGGCUUGCGGCGUAGAUGUUGUAGGUAGUGACUCGGAAAAGUUUCCUAGAGGUGUUAUUCCCGUGCCAAAGGGUGGGUUGAUGUUGCAGAGGAUAUCUGUGGCGCCGACGGCGAUGUCGUAUAAUUUUUCAGUCUGGACCGAGGAUUGUUAGUAUGAUCAAUCAUGUAGUAAUAGAAGGGUGUAAGAAAACAAAGGCGCAUGCGAAGGGGCAACUCAUACAAAACCAAUCCCAUGAGCUUCCAUCGAACUCAACCGUAACGAACGACACAGCUGUAUAGUCGAUUCCGCAAUCGACACCGCAAACCCGAACGUCAACUCCGGCCUAUCCGACCGCGUCCGCAACAGCCCAUGAUUCAAACACAACAGCCAAACCCGGUUCUGUACCCAUUUCUGCGUAAUGAAAACAUCCGCAGCCUGAGUCUCGCGCAAUCCCAUAGCAAGAAGCGCAUUAUUAUUAUUGUUGCCAUCAUCCUUGGCACGCUCGAACCAGUCAUACCCCUUAUACCGCUCUGCUUGACUAACUUGCUCAAGGCUAUCGUACAUGGACAGAGCUUUGGCUUCGGUGAAGCGUUGGCAGUAUCCGUUGUGGAGGUCGCAGCGCCGGUUCCAGCAGUGGAUGAAGUCUUCGUCGAUGGCGUCGAAGAGUUCCAUCAGUCGGGCUAGACCCAUCAUGCCUUCGGCGUCCUUUUCGUUGUGCACGAUGAUUCCGGAGACGAGGCUGUGGGUGGCGUUGUGGAGGAAGUCGUGGACGGAGCGCAUGCUGAAGCCGGGUUUGCCGGAGAACGUGACGGGGUGCAAGCGUUGCAAUGCAUAUGCUCUAAAGAGUAGUCAGAAUUUUAUUUCUCUCUUUUGAAAAAUGGAUGAUGCAGGUUUAGAUACCUCUCGGUGAUUGAUAGGACUAAAUAUGUCCGUAAUCGCUGGCCCUUCUCGUCACCGGGCAAAUCACGAUAAGACUCCGGAUCAUUCAGACCCAGAGUCGACGCAAGAUCAAGGGCUUCUCGUAGGCGCAACCACGCCGCAUUAUGUUGAUUACUGCCAAACAAGCACCCGAAAAGGAAGAAACUCGUCAAAACGGCCUCGAUGGUCGGGUUUUCUCCAAAAUCACAGCAACUCCGCAUCUUGGUGGCUUCGUGCAUCAUCGUCCGGGCCUGGUUGGCACGAGACGAGGUCGUCGCGCGCUCAUUGAUCUCAAUAGGUUGCGUUAGAGAAAACGCACACAGAGAUAGUAGCAUCGCUCCGAACUGCGUAUUCUUGCGAUGCUCCUGACACAUCAUCCGCGUGUACAGUGACGAGCGACUCAGCACGGGGACAGUCGGGUGAAGACGGUCAAAGUAGACGUCAAGCCAGGGAAUCAUAUUCGCCUCGUUGAUCGAAUUAGGCCAGAACUCUUCCGGUUCCUGACUUUCCGAGGACUGUAUUGACCCCACGGCCGGGGAAUAUGGCAUCCCCUGGUGUUCCGCUGGGGGGAGAUUGAUGGUCGAUACGUCGGGCACGGGUUGAAUAAUCGAUGGGAGAGAGGGUUUGAGGUAGAUGUUGCUGCCGGGGAAUUCAAAGACGGGGACCUGCGCGCCCAAAUUAUCUGGUAGCCAGUAUUCCACAUCCGGGCGAUCGUUCCAGCCUACACUGGUACCCGAUGAGUCGAGAGAAGCCGUCUCGCCCGCCCAGGCAUCUACGACACCCGGUGCUGGGCCAGAGGGUGCAAGACCGGUUGCUCCCUCCAUCGACAAGGUCACCUGGCCUUGCGCCGAUGUCCACGAUGCCCCGGGCAUCGUGACCGACUGGCUCGGUUCCACGCCAGAGGUUGGGCCAUGAUAGCGGAAGGGUUCCUGCUUGGGUAGGGGGGUUUCCUGCGGGGUACGAGAAAU